CCCUUAAACCCUCACUCUCGUCGAUCAAAUCCUUUAACCCAGUCCUCUCCCAUGGCUCCGGCUUUCGUUUUCGAACCCCCAAGCGACGAAGAACUUGAUCACUUCGAUGCCGAAGAAGAAGAAGAAACAGAAGAAUUAGAACAAGUAGCAAAAGAAGAAGAAGACGACGAAGACGAAGAAAAACGACAGCGGCCUUCUAAUCACAAAUCUCAAUCUCCAUGGGACUUCGGUUCCUACUCCGAAUCAGUGGCCGAAGAACACGCUCGUCGCAGCACAACCUCCAUCGACUUUAAGAUCUCCAGAGCACUUCAAAGCCGCUCCGUUCCAAUCACCAACGACGACUCGGAUAACGCCGAAUCCGAGUCCGAACCCGACAGACAAGAAGAUUAUAACCCCGAGGAUGAAGAUGAUGGGGCCAGUAAUGCCGGUGAGAGUAAACCUUUCUUUUCACCUUCCGAGGGAGCCUCUUUCCAUGCCAAUUCGUUCAUGGAGCUAAAUCUAUCGCGCCCUCUGCUUCGGGCUUGCGAAGCCUUGGGGUACAUUAAGCCCACGCCAAUUCAGGCGGCGGUCAUACCAUUAGCAUUGACCGGGAGAGAUAUCUGUGGGAGUGCAAUCACUGGUUCCGGGAAGACUGCUGCCUUUACACUACCAACUUUGGAGAGGUUAUUGUUCCGUCCUAAACGUGUGCCAGCGAUAAGGGUUCUUAUUCUUACUCCAACUCGGGAGUUGGCAGUUCAGGUUCACAGUAUGAUAGAGAAACUUGCUCAAUUUACUGACAUCAGAUGUUGCCUGGUUGUCGGUGGACUUUCAACGAAGGUGCAAGAGGCAGCCUUGAGAUCAAUGCCCGAUAUUGUUGUGGCCACACCAGGACGCAUGAUAGAUCAUUUACGCAAUUCUUUAUCUGUGGAUUUGGACGACCUUGCGGUUCUAAUCCUUGAUGAGGCUGACCGCCUUCUGGAGCUUGGAUUUAAUGCUGAAAUCCAGGAGCUGGUCCGUCUAUGUCCAUCAAGAAGACAGACCAUGCUGUUUUCAGCUACAAUGACUGAAGAAGUUGACGAGCUUAUCAAGCUUUCUCUGACCAAACCCUUGCGCCUCUCAGCUGACCCUUCCACGAAACGGCCUGCAACAUUGACAGAGGAGGUGGUUAGGAUACGUCGUAUGCGUGAAGUAAAUCAGGAAGCAGUUCUGCUUGCAUUAUGCUCAAAGACUUUUACUUCCAGAGCGAUCAUCUUCAGCGGAACAAAACAGGCUGCACAUCGGUUGAAGAUUCUAUUUGGAUUAGCUGGUCUUAAAGCUGCUGAGCUUCAUGGAAAUCUUACACAAGUCCAGCGCCUUGAUGCUUUGGAACUCUUCAGAAAGCAGGAAGUUGAUUUCCUGAUUGCAACUGAUGUAGCUGCUCGUGGACUUGAUAUCAUAGGUGUCCAAACAGUUAUAAAUUAUGCAUGUCCUCGGGAUGUUACCAGCUAUGUUCAUCGUGUUGGUCGUACAGCAAGAGCUGGUAGGGAAGGAUAUGCUGUUACAUUUCUAACAGAUAAUGACAGAUCUCUUUUGAAAGACAUUGCUAAGAGAGCUGGUUCAAAGCUGAAGAGUCGAAUUGUUGCUGAGCAAUCAAUAACUAAGUGGUCUGAGAUAAUUGAGCAUAUGGAAGAUCAAGUGGCUGCAGUUCUUCAAGAAGAGAGUGAAGAGAGAGCACUACGAAAAGCUGAAAUGGAAGCAACAAAGGCUGAAAAUUUGAUUGCAUAUAAGGAUGAAAUUUAUUCACGGCCCAAAAAGACCUGGUUUGUUACAGAAAAAGAGAAGAAGCUUGUCUCGAAGGCUGCAAAGGCAUCUUUGGAAAAAGAAAACAAUCCUGGAAAAGACUUAAUCAGUGUCCAACAGGCCGAAGACCUCAAAAUGAAGGAAAAGAGGAAGCGAGAGCGUGAGAAAAAUUUGCCUCGGAAGAAGCGUCGAAAAUUGGAAGCAGCUAGAGAAAUGUUGGAGGAUGAAAAUCAAAUUAACAAAUUAGAAGGUAAUGGGAAAAUGAAUAAAGAAAAGACUGGAAAGUCACUUGUCGAUGUUGGUUACCGACGGGCAAAAGCAGUGAAGGCUAAAAAGAGGGCGCAAGAUGCUGGCAAGAUUGUGAAGAAGACUAGUAAGAAAUCAAAACCUCUAACCCAAAAAACUCAUUCAAGAACAGAAGAGAUGCGGGAGCUAUUCCAGAGUGACAUGAGCGAUAGAAAGCAGAACAGAAACUUCACUGCACCCAAGAAAAAACCCAAAAGUUCAUUUAAGAGCAAGUCAAGGUACAAGCGCAAGUAGCAAAAUAUCAAGUCGGUGGCUAAGAUUUCCUAUGACAUAACCUCUGUGCGAAGGAAUGGACGGACUUUCCAUGGAAUUUUCAUUUGGGCAUUUAUUAUCAUCAAUUUUGUUUGUUUUAUAAAUUAUUAGUAUGUAACGUCAAGUGUAACAUUAGCAGUAAAGAAAAGGUUGAGGUUUCCAAAUA